AUGCCGCUGGAGCAGCCGGGGAUGAAGUGGCUGUUCAAGAAGGGUGCUUCGUGCGCUGGUGAGGUGGCUUUGCUUAUGACUCCAUUGACAGGGAAGGUGUUUCAGCUGCAGGAGAAGAUCAAUGCUCAGAAGCAGGCGAAGAAAAACACCAAAGAUGCAAUCACAGUGCUGACGGAAGCAACGGGAGAUGCACAGGCAAAGAAAGCUGCGGGCAAAGCGAAAGCUAAGGGUAAAGCAAAGGCGAAAUCAUCCGCCAAGACCCAGGGAAUCGAGGACAGCAGCAAGCUUGACAGUGCUAUCGUUGUCGACUCAGUGCAGGGUGGCAAGCUCGUGCGGGACAAAUACUUCGUGGAUUGCUUGGCGAUGGCAAUCAGGUCGUCUUUGUUAGCUUGCAGACACAAAUGGGGAGUUAUCAGAGACUCUGACAGUGCCACAGCCGCCGAUUACAUGGGAACCGAUAUGCCGGUGUACAGUUCAGUAGAGUGUCGUAUCAUGGAACAAUGCAUCCGCCGGGGCAUAUUCUUUGCAUGUGAGCGAGAGCUUGUGUUGGAUGGGAAAAAACACAAGAAAUGGUCUACGUUGAGACCUCAACUGCAGCUCUACGCAAUGAAUGAGUACCACAAGGCAGGGCAACGAUUGUUUCUUCCUUUUGCAUUUGUUUGCGCAGCCACAGUCACAGUUGCGGCGGCAUACUCCGACAAGCUUAUCUGUGCGGCCGGUUUGGAGCAAGGGUUUGUAUCGUCCUCCGACACGCAGCAGCAGGUGUCCGAAGCUCUCUCAAGUGCUAGUGCUGGGUCGCAUGCACACCAACACCAUGCCAUGUCGAGUUCGGCAGCCACCACUACAACAGCGGCAACAGUUCAGAAUGCACUGGCUGCACAGUCCGUGGAACCUCUCAUCAGCGAUUUCCUCACGUGGCUCGACCUGGAGAUGGGUGCCACACGCACCGAGAAUCCUCUCGAGCAGCCACCGAGCGACAAAUCCAUGUUUGACAAGAUCAUGCAUCACCUGACCUACAACAAGAUUUACGGCGAAUGGACCGACAUGUGUUCCUGCGGCGAGAAUAGGACGAACCAGGAGAGUUGUUUGCUCCAUCAAACGGUCGCGGACAUUGCGGACGUGGCAUUUCACGCAUGCUCAUCGGUACUCGCCGUCCUGCCUGCAGCAGUGGUUGCCACUGGCCAAAUCCUUGGCCAACACCUAGUGGGCAACUGGGAUGCCCUGCCAGCAGUCCUCAAGAUCUCUGGCGACAAGCUGAUGACACUGAUCCAAUCGCACAUAGGGGUGUUUGCACAGAUGGAUGCCAUGUGUACUCCGUUCGAUGUUGCCAGUCUUGCCAGUGGGUAUGCCAGUGGACUGAUGGAGCUUAUUCGAAAAGGCAAGGUAACCAUCGAUGAUCUUACCGAGGACGCUCCAUCAGCCGUUCAACCUGUGCAGGAAUCUUCGACCGCUGCUGGUCAGGCAAACACCUCAGCCGAAGGUGCAGCAGCAUCUUCCGGGGACGGGACUCGGAUGGUUUCUUAUCGUGCGCUAAGUGUGCUGGCAACGGAUCAUGCCAAGAAAGGUGAGGGCAUUGCAGGCACAUCAGGGAUCCUGUUUGCGACCGAAGCCGUGCGGGAGUUCUGUUUGUUGUUGGCUGCGGAUUUGAUGAUGCAAUGCAGGAGCUACGAAGAUCGCAACGGUUGCAGUGGUGCCGUGACCUUCUGUGUCAAGGAAAUUGAGAAGGGUGACAAGAAAGUCAAGUCAACAGAAGUGCUGCUGCGUUUGCCAAAGACACAACAGGUCACUAACAUCAUUGACAACUACAAGGACUUGUCGCAAGGACAAGACGGUGUACGGGCAAGACUGGAUGAGGUGACCACGCCGGAGCUCAGAGAUAAUUUCAAGCUGUGCUUCUGGGGCGACGUUUGCACCGCUGCCCCCGUCGUGCAGAAACCGCCAAGAGUGAUGACGUUAACGUCACUCGAAGUCACCGUGCAGGGUGAUCCCGAUCAGCCACUGAAGCAUCGUAUUGGCGGCAGUGGUGACGGCGAUGAUUGCGGAGACGACGAGUGUGAAUUGGAGUUUUAUAUCAGGGGCAAUAGCUUCGAUACCUUGGAGAGUGAGACUCCAUGUGCAACCUGGAUGAUCCCGCCAACGGACCUAGCUCGCCCAGCGCUGAUUAUCGGAGAGCUCCCAUGCCAAAUGAUCUACAAGAGCACGACAAUCAAGUACUCGGUUCCAGUCCUCCGCUUUACCACCGACGGAGAGGACGCUGGUUUGACGCCAGUCCUGAUCAAAGUCAUCGACGGAGAUGCCUUCCUCCAUCUGCCAGGAGAAGAGUGGAAACCAAAAAAGGGCGCACAGCGAGCAUACCCUGGCCAGGCGCAUCUGGCGGAGGGAGAUUGGCCCCUUGCCAACGAGGCCCUUCGCAAGCUAGGCCUUUUCGGCGGUGUUGGCGCAACUACGUCAGCCGUGAGCCGCUUGACCAAGAGCUCACCGACAAAGAAGCCACGUGUGAACGCAAAUGCAAAGCAUUUGACGAAGUAG